AGACGGGCACGAAGGGGAGAGGUGUGUGACCCAUGGUGCUCCAUCUCAGCGGGCAUCCGUGCUAUCACAGUGGGAGGACUCAGUACCCAGUGUCCUCUGUGUGCGGCGCAGCUCCCCUAGCUAAGAGUAGACACGUCCUACUUCACUUAGUGGUCCCUGAUCUGGGUGUGGACCAGGCACGGUGGCUGCAGACAGACAGACAGGUGGGGGCCCCACCAGGCAGUGUGCGGCCCCCAGCACUCACAGGCUCUUCUGGUCAGCUUUGGGUUCCAGAUGUUUCUAAGUGAAAAUUACUCCUCCUAGCUUUCUUAGCCUAGAGACGCAGGACAGCACUGCUCUGUGUAGCUGGAGAUGUGAGAGGAGGAAAAAGGCCAGGACUCCCUAGCCCACAGGUGCCUGCGCAGGCCCAUGCCAUGUGCCUAGCCUGGCUGGGGCGGGGUGCUGCUAGAGAAGAGGGUGCUCACCCUUCCCUCUCCCUCCUCCCGGACCACCCUCCCUGAAGAGAGACAGCAUCCAUGCACGUGGAACAGGGUGACUGGGAGGUGCUACUCAGGUCUGCGUAUCUGGAGGUCUCUGCAGGAAGGGCAGGCUCUCGGCAGGCGCUGGGCAGAGGCUGGCAGAGCGGGCUGGGCCUGAGGGGCCGGAGGGCCGUGGGCCCCCAGCUGAUGCCUCUGACUCCUCUGUACUCAAGGCUAGCUGACUGGCCCAGUCACACAUGGCAUCAUUAUCCAGUGCACUGUUGCCACACCAUGGUUUCGGGGGCUUGUCGCUUCCAUGAGCUCCUCUCUGAUGGUCCCUUCUAGAAGGAGGCCACUGGCGGUGGCCUCACAUGCACUGUAGGCAACUAGGAGCCGCAGAUUCAGCAGCCCAAAUUUCCUCCACCCCCAGUGGUGUGCACAGGGCUAGGGACUACCCCAGCUUCUGCGGAGCCCUGUAGCUAAGAUCCCUGCCCCUCCUCAUAAUCUGGGAAGGUUUGGUGGGUGGUUAAAAACCCCAGAGUCUAGGAUAUGCUGGGCCCAUAGCCUGUGUCUGGGAGAGUGGCUUAGGGCAGCUUGCUCCUGUGCCCCGUCAUCCUCACUCAGAGGGCCUGAGAGCUGAGCCUGUGCCUGCUGUGGGCUGUGCCAUCUGCUUAGGACCCUCUGAGUGGCCCUGGAGUCUAAGCAAACACAGAGGGUGGCCUAGAAGAGAUGGUGGAGGAGCUCAACAGUGGGAAGGUGAUGUACGCCUUCUGCAGAGUGAAGGACCCUAACUCUGGCCUGCCCAAGUUUGUCCUCAUCAACUGGACAGGCGAGGGUGUGAACGACGUGAGGAAGGGAGCAUGUGCCAACCACGUCAGCACCAUGGCCAGCUUCCUGAAGGGGGCACACGUGACCAUCAAUGCCCGGGCUGAGGAGGACGUGGAGCCCGAGUGCAUCAUGCAGAAGGUGGCCAGGGCCUCUGGCGCUAACUACGCCUUCCACAGGGAGAGCAGCCGCUUCCAGGACACAGGUCCCCAGGCCCCCGUGGGUUCUGUGUACCAGAAGACCAAUGCUGUGUCUGAGAUUAAAAGGGUUGGAAAAGACAGCUUCUGGGCUAAAGCCGAGAAGGAGGAGGAGAACCGCAGGCUGGAAGAGCAGCGGCGGGUGCAGGAGGAGCGGCAGCGGCUGGAGCAGGAGCGCCGGGAGCGGGAGCUGCGUGAGGCCGCCCACCGUGAGCAGCGCUACCGGGAACAGGACAGUGAGCCCGGCCCUCAGAGCAGGAAGUGUGAGCAACAGGAAGUGGUUUCGAGGAGCAGAGAGGAGCAGGAGCCUGUCUCCCAGCAGCCGGCAAACCCACGGGAGCUCUUCAGGCAGAAGGAGAGGUCCAUGUCCACCACAUCCAUCUCCAGCGCCCAGCCAGGCCGGCUGCAGAGCCCCUUCCUGCAGAAGCAGCUCACCCAGCCUGAGGCCCACAUCAGCAGAGAGCCAGCUGAGCCACGUCAAGCUGCCUCAAGGCCCAUGGCAGGUCUCCAUGAGCAGCCAGCAGCCAGCACCCCUCUCGGUCCAGUGCAGACAGAAGAAGAAUCCCUGUAUGAGGAGGCCCCGGAGCAGGACACCCUGUAUGAGGAGCCCCUGAUGGUGCAGCAGCAAGAUGCCAGCUCUGAGCAUGCCAGCUGCUACCCAGGGCUGAGCGGGAAGGGGCUCUGUGCCCGGGCCCUGUAUGACUACCAGGCAGCUGAUGAGACCGAAAUCUCCUUUGACCCUGAGAACCUCAUCACAGGCAUCGAGGUGAUCGAUGAAGGCUGGUGGCGGGGCUAUGGUCCCGAUGGCCACUUCGGCAUGUUUCCCGCCAACUACGUGGAGCUUAUUGAGACUGCCCAGCCUAGGGAGGCAAUGUGGACAGAAAGGACUCCAAAGAGAGGAUCCCCCUGGUCCAAGGAGAAGAAACGAAGCCCCUACAGGCUGGCUUGCAGCACUGACCUAGGAGAUGCCAAGGAUAUUUUAGUCAAGAGCCUAAAAGUUGUAAGAUGCUACAGUCAAGUGUACCUAGAGGCCUAUACCUCAGUUGUAACUGUAGCGAAGGAAGUCCUGGUAGGUGCUUAAGAUUCUCCUGCCUCCUGGACUUACACCACACACAAAAAUCAACUCAACUUGUAUUAAAGACUUGAACAUAAGACCUGAAACCAUAAAACUCACAGAAUAAAAACACUUGGGUUAAACUCC